AUGUCGCCGUCUACUCGAAAAGUCCUUAUAACCGGUUGUUCAGAUGGCGGUCUAGGGGCAGCUCUCGCGUUCGCCUUCCAUGAAGCUGGUCUAGAAGUAUACGCCACGGCCCGAGAUCCCUCGAAAACGUUGGAGGUAGCAUCGCAAGGCAUUAAGACACUGUGCUUGGACGUACAGUCGAAUAGUUCAAUUGCGAAGUGCGUUGGCGAUAUACCCGAACUAGACAUCCUAGUCAACAAUACCGGGGGUGGCUAUGUCAAACAAGCGUUCCUGCCGUUGCUGCUGAAAUCAAAGGGAAUGAUUGUCAACCACACGUCACUUGCCUCCUUGUGUACAGUGCCAUUGCAAUCUGCAUACAAUGCCUAUAAGGCUGCAAUGGCGUCUUUUUCGGACUCGGAGCGACUAGAGCUCAAACCUUUUGGUGGAUCCAUCUACAAAGAGGCGGAGGAAGUGGUAGGGAGGACGAUUCGGGGUGCUGUUUAUGAGGGUUCUGGCAUGCCGUCCCAGCAAUGGGCCAAGGAAGUCGUGAUGGACAUUCUAAAAAGCAGCUCUCCUACUAUUUGGAGGGGCGCCCAAGCAUGGAUAGUGCGGAUUGGGAGGAUGCUACCGUUUGGUGCACUUGAUAGCACGGUCAAGAAGUUCACCGGACUGGAUGAAGUGGAACGAAUUGUAGAGAAGCCAAAUAUAUGA